GAGGGGGCUGCCAAGAUGGCGUCGUCCUCCGGGUCGACGUCGACCUCCUUGGAGUUGGGGAGCAGUAGCUGCACCUCCAAUUUAGGUUUCCACUUUCUGUGCUGUGGGGCCACCCGUAAGAGAGUACCGUCAACUUUCAAAAAAUCUGUGACUUCUUCCUCUGAGGUGUCUGGCUCCUCUGGUCCAGUCAAGAAAAUUGGACAUAGAAGUGUUGAUCCUUCUGGGGAGACAACAUAUAAAAAGACAACCUCAUCAGCCCUGAAAGGUGCCAUUCAGCUAGGCAUUACUCAUACUGUUGGCAGUCUUAGCACCAAACCAGAGCGGGAUGUCCUCAUGCAAGACUUCUAUGUAGUGGAGAGUAUUUUCUUCCCCAGUGAAGGGAGCAACCUGACCCCCGGCCAUCAUUAUAAUGACUUCCGUUUCAAGACUUAUGCCCCUGUUGCUUUCCGCUACUUCCGAGAGUUGUUUGGGAUCCGGCCUGAUGACUACCUGUAUUCCCUGUGUAGUGAGCCACUAAUUGAGCUCUGCAACUCUGGAGCCAGUGGCUCCCUCUUCUACGUGUCCAGUGAUGACGAAUUCAUCAUCAAGACUGUCCAGCACAAAGAGGCUGAGUUUUUGCAGAAGUUGCUGCCAGGAUACUACAUGAACCUGAAUCAAAAUCCACGGACUCUGUUACCCAAAUUCUAUGGACUGUACUGUGUACAGGCAGGUGGCAAAAACAUUCGAAUUGUGGUGAUGAACAAUUUACUUCCACGUUCAGUCAAAAUGCAUGUCAAGUAUGAUCUCAAGGGCUCAACCUACAAACGGCGGGCCUCGCAGAAAGAGCGAGAGAAAGUGUUCCCCACCUACAAAGAUCUGGACUUCUUGCAGGAUAUGCCCGACGGUCUCUUCUUGGAUGCUGACAUGUAUAAUGCUCUGUGUAAAACGCUGCAGCGAGAUUGCUUGGUGCUACAGAGCUUCAAGAUCAUGGACUAUAGUCUGCUAGUGGCGAUUCACAACAUGGAGCAUGCACAGCGAGAGCGAGUGCCCACUGAAAUGGGCUCUGGCAACGAUACCCGAAAACCGGCCCCACAGAAGGCCCUCUAUUCCACAGCUAUGGAGUCCAUCCAGGGGGAGGCCCGACGGGGUGGCACCAUGGAAACAGAGGACCAGAUGGGUGGCAUUCCUGCCCGAAACAAUAAAGGGGAUCGACUGCUGCUUUAUAUCGGUAUCAUUGACAUACUACAGUCUUACAGGUUCAUGAAGAAGCUGGAACAUUCGUGGAAAGCUCUGGUCCAUGAUGGGGACACCGUGUCAGUGCACAGGCCGGGUUUCUAUGCUGAACGAUUUCAUCGAUUCAUGUGCCAGACAGUAUUCAAGAAAAUCCCCUUGAAGCUCUCUCCUUCCAAAAAAAGUCGGAUCCCUUCAUCCCUUCGUCGAAUGGGUCCAGGUGGAAAUUCCCUUUCUCCUCACCAGCUGACAGCCCCUGUCUCUGGAGAUAAUAAGACAGAAAUGACAACACAAGUGGAAGUGGAACCAGGUAUCUACUUCCGCCGUCCUGAUUUACUCCCCCGAAGUCCACUUGUGGAUGAGACCAAUAGUGACUCGGCUGCCACCACCCUUUCUACCUCUCCUGGCAGUGAGAAAUUCAACACACCAGCUAACAGUUCGCCUCCUUCAGAAAGAAUUGACGCCGUAGAGUCAGAAUUCAGCUGUUUCACACCCUUGUUUAGGCUGGCUUCCUUCCCCUUUCCCCGAUUCCGGGAAGCACAUCCAUCGCCUUACGCCGGGCACACGGUGCGCGGGGCUUUGCAGCAGAUCCCCAGAGCAAGGGCAGGCUGCAGGAUGCUGACCAACCGGCAGAGAGCUCCCUAUACCAACCGACUCUCACGUCCAGUCCCCAUCCCUGGCCUUGUGAACUAUCAGUGCAGCGUAUCGAGGUCUGGAACGCUGGAGCCAGGCGAGAGCGAGUCAGUCCAGACUAGCCGGUCAGGGAGGGAGGACGGAGGCAAGAUGGUGUUGGAAAGCACUAUGGUGUGUGUUGAUAACAGCGAGUAUAUGCGGAAUGGGGAUUUCCUGCCCACACGGCUACAGGCCCAGCAGGAUGCCGUCAACAUAGUGUGUCACUCCAAGACACGAAGCAACCCCGAGAACAACGUGGGACUCAUCACACUGGCCAAUGACUGUGAAGUACUCACUACACUAACUCCUGACACUGGCCGCAUUUUGUCCAAGCUUCACACAGUUCAACCCAAGGGCAAGAUUACCUUCUGUACUGGCAUUCGAGUUGCCCACUUGGCUCUGAAACACAGACAAGGAAAGAAUCACAAGAUGCGGAUCAUUGCCUUUGUGGGCAGCCCCGUAGAAGACAACGAGAAGGACCUGGUGAAGCUAGCAAAGCGGCUAAAGAAAGAGAAAGUUAAUGUUGACAUUAUCAACUUUGGGGAGGAGGAGGCAAACACAGACAAACUGACAGCCUUUGUGAACACACUAAAUGGCAAGGAUGGGACCGGUUCACAUCUGGUAACAGUACCCCCUGGGCCCAGCCUGGCCGAUGCCCUCAUCAGCUCCCCUAUCCUGGCCGGCGAAGGUGGUGCCAUGCUGGGGCUGGGGGCCAGUGACUUCGAGUUUGGGGUGGAUCCCAGCGCCGAUCCUGAACUGGCCCUGGCACUUCGGGUGUCCAUGGAAGAACAGCGACAGAGGCAGGAGGAGGAGGCCAGACGGGCAGCAGCAGCUUCUGCUGCAGAGGCUGGCAUUGCCACAACUGGGACUGAAGAUUCAGAUGACGCCCUGCUGAAGAUGACCAUCAACCAGCAGGAGUUUGGCCGGAGUGGGCUCCCCGACUUAAGCAGCAUGACUGAAGAGGAGCAGAUUGCAUACGCCAUGCAGAUGUCCUUGCAGGGAAAUGAGUUUGUCCAGGCAGAAUCGGGAGACCUUGAUGCCGGCUCCGCUAUGGAUACCUCUGAGCCUGCCAAGGAGGAGGACGACUAUGACGUGAUGCAAGACCCUGAGUUCCUGCAGAGCGUCCUGGAGAAUCUGCCAGGCGUGGAUCCCAACAACGAGGCCAUCCGAAACGCCAUGGGGUCUCUGGCCUCCCAAGCUACCAAGGAUGGCAAAAAGGAGAAGAAAGAGGAAGACAAGAAGUGAGGAGGCCGGAAGGGGAGGGACGCUCGGUCUCCUCCCCCCAAAAAGGCCAAAAAGGGUGUGGGGGGAGUUGUUCACAUAGUGUUUAGGUGAUGGUCUUGUGUAACAGUUACAACUGAAAUAAAAUUUGGUGAUUUUUUUUUUUUCCUUAAAACUCAAAACCACCACUUUGUGGGAGGGGGAGAAGCUCUGCACCAAGAAGAAGGGUUUUUUUUAGCUCCUGUGUUCAAUGUCGGAAAUAGAUAAAGGAGCCUGGAAAUGAGGGAGCUGUGUUCCUGGGGUGGAAGAAAAGGAAGUUUGUCAAACAAGGCAGAGGAAAUAGGAAAUCCAGUUUUAGGAGGAACUGGAAGCCGUCCUCCUGUACAAAGGAAGAAACUGAACUCCAGACGCUCUCAAGGGCCUGUUGGGGAUCACAGUGACUGAGCUAGGAUUUGCCCUCAGACCCACCGACCCCCAUUCAAGCUCUUCUGGUUAAACUACGGUGGCCUUUAUCUUCCCACAGUGGGAGUUGUUGGUUCUGCACCAGACAGACAGAGGGGAAGGCUGAUGGUUUCCAGGGACUCUGCCCUGCCUGAUGCCUUGUUCCAGGAUGUGGGACUGGUUCAUGCUCUUGGAUCAGGGAUCAGAACGAGUUGGUAGGAUUUCUGCAAUUUAGCUAGUGUGGCCCACCCAUGGCCUGUCUCCCCAGGCACGCAAUUUUCAGCAUCAGAACAACUUUGUAGAAACCAUUUCCCUGCCUCCCUCCUUUGCCCUUUUCUCACCAUUUGGGCUUUUUGGCGUGGGCAACGGAGACAUGAGGCUGAAGAGACGACUUUGAGUCUGUCCUGCUGCAAUGGGAGGACAUAAUGGGCAUAGCAGUUGCCUUGAGAAUUAAAGGAAUUGUGAGACAUGGGGAAGCUCAGCCGAUAGGAGCACAGAGCAGGCGCCUGGGGUGCUCGGGAGUGAUUGUGUUUCUUAGACAAUCAAUGCCCUGGGUUCUUCUGCUCUUACUGCGAAGUUCUCUCCUUGCCCGGGAGAAGCAGCACACGAUUUCUGUUUGUGUCCAUGGUGCCGCAGGUGUCCAAAUCAGGGCAGAGCUGACAAUGGAUAGAAAUGGGCUACAGAGUAUUGACCUGCCUUGGGAGGAGCUCCCCCCAUCACAGAACUUCCUCUCCCAGUGUCCCCAGGAUCUGGGCUUAUUCCUGUCUCCUUUAUCAAAGUGCCAGUGUCUUCUUGAUAGUCAUGAUUGUUUUCAAUCCCCAUGCCUGAUUAAUAACUGAUAUUUAUAUAGGGCUUUAAAGCCUGCAAAGAAUUGGAAUUGUCACUUCCACUUUAAAUGAAAUGGGGUCGUAGUUAUAACUUGCUCAUGGUCACAUAUGGUAUUAAGUGCCAGAUGGGCAAUUCAAGUCCUUAUCCAUAGCCAGCCUCACCAACAAUCUCUACUCCCCACAUCUCACUUUCCAAGUCCCCCCCCCCCUUGUUUUCUGUCCUCGGUGCCCCAAAACACAUGCUCUCUUCCAUUCUGUGUGUCCCAGUCUCUGUGGAGACUGCCCACUCUGGCUUCUCUUCCCUGUUCCCAUCUCUAUCCAAGCCCCUUAGUCCCAGGUCUGGGGGCUUUCCUGGGCUGAAGCCAGACCUUCUUUGAAGAGUUGAAGUUAAUAAACAAUCUACCUACUUGUUUAGAAAAGGAUUAUUAUAUGUAGCUCAUAAUCUGCAUUGGCAGGAUUGAGUUUCCUCAGACUCAAAACUAAAGGGAAGAAGUGAUGAAGUCUUCAAUUUAUAUUACUUGGGGAUAGGAGAGAAUUUCUUUACAAAUGACAAGAAACUAGAUUUUUAAUAUUUUUGCACAAUAAAAUAUUUCAUUAUUAAAUAGGAUAGCCUAUACAAUGUCCAAAAGGAAUUUCUAAGUACACAGAGCCUGAAUAAAAUGUAAAAGGGCAAAAUCAAUAAAAUUUAAAAGAAA